AUGGAUUUAGGGUAUAAUCAAAUCGAACACUUACCCAAUGGGUUUUUCGCUAACCACGACAACCACAUCCAGCUCAACAAUAACAAAAUUAAGACUGUGGCACGAAAUAUUUUUGGCUUUGAUGAUCUGGAUUUCGAGAGUUUGCUCUUGGGUGAUAACGAAAUCGAAGAAUGGAAGGACGAUUUUGUGAAGGGUGCUCAAAUAAGAUACGUUGAUACGUCAGGGAAUAAAUUAAAGUGCUUGAAAGGAAACUACGAGGACUUUUUUGUUGCUUAUAUAACUAAAAUUGAUGAUAACCCAUGGAACUGUGAAUGUUUGCUAAAAAUUGUAAAGUGGGCUGUUGAGAAUCACAGAGAUUUUAGAAUAGGCAUGACGAAAUCUGUCCGAAAAUGUAAUUCCACGGGUCAGUUCUCUACUAUCUAG